UACAAUUUGACCAGAAGCAGCAGCGCUUUACUGGUGUAGUGUUUCUGUGCAUGCACCUAGACGUUCGCUAUCUGGAUGUAUGAACAUAGUUUGAGCGAAGAUGUUCACUUUGACAUUGGAAUUAUUUCUAAUCAGCAAGGAAAUGUAUGGCUUAAUGAAAUAAUUGAUUUCACUUCCGGAUAUAAAGAUAAACAUUCUUUAAUUUCACUAACUUUUAUUGAGUGUCAAAAUGAGGAUUAAGUGACGAUAUUAAUUAGACAUAAAUGAUUAAUACUUGUUUAAUAUCAACCGCAAUAUAACUACACCUUUUAUUAUGUUCUCUUAAGAUAUGUGGGUAUUUUUCACUGUAUAUGUUAUAACAGAUUGGAUACUUUUUACAAGUAACACCGGUUUAUUUUAAUCAUAAACAUAAGGCUUCAUACCGAUAUGGGUAACAAAGUUGCACUCUGUGAACUACCAUUCCCCACUCGCGGUAAGCAACUUCACACGGUGUUGACGCCCGACCAGAUUCAGCUUGUUCAAGGCUCAUGGGCACUUAUAAAAGAUGACCUGGAAAAAUUGGGUCUCAUUGUAUUUUACAGGUUGUUCGAGACGGAGCCUCAAAUGAAGACGCUAUUUCCAAAGAUCGUUCACAUCAAUCAUGAGAACAAGCUGGAGACGAACAUAGACAGGGAGAUGUUGACUAGACAUGCGGUCACUGUCAUGGAGGGACUUGGUGCCGCCGUGGAGAGUCUCGAUGAUUCCAGGUUUCUCAACGGCGUUCUUAUUUCUAUUGGGCAGACACACGUGCAUAGACAGGUCAAACCGCAUAUGCUUAAAAAACUGUGGCCUUCACUCAGUUACGGCUUGCAACAAGUGCUUAGUGAGAACUACACAAAGUCCGUUGCAGAGGCAUGGAAGCGGGUGUAUGACUAUAUUUGCGUAUUUAUGAGACAUGGAAUGCAAAACCCGGAUCUUGACGCUGACAAUAUCGACCUAGGAAGAUGAUUUUCUCAUCAUGACUCAGCUUAUGUCAUUGUUCUAGCACUUCCAAGCUGGUCAUCAUUCUAUAUACAUUUUAUAGAAGAAAUGCGUAUUACAUAUCCAAACUACACUAACGAUCUGUUUUAUUCUCAUCUGUUACGUGCUACCAAUCAGUUCACGUUCAUUCAAUUUGUCAAGAAAUCUACCACUGCUAGAGCGAAUACUAUCAUUUUUUAAUCCGUGUGUUUAAAGCAUAAGUUGUUAGUUCAUAAACAUAAUUACAUUUAAAUAUUACCUUUCUUGACUUUAUGUUAUGAUAAUGAAUGCAUAUGAUUACCUAGUCUAUUAUUAUAUUAAUUGAUGACAGCCAUUACAAGUCAAAUACGGUGCAUUGAUGUGUUAGAGUAUACAUUCAUUAUCAAACUAGUUAAAGUAAAAAAGUGUUUGGACAUUAAUUAGCUGCUUCUUUUAUUUUGGAUGUUUUCAUCGUAUUUUGUUGUCGUUCAUAAUCGAAUAAAAAAGUGUUUAGCUAACUAUGUUUGACAAACCAAUUAUAUGUAUAUUGUCUAACGUGCACAUAUUGCAAACACAAAUACUAUAUAAGGAUAAAUAUGAAACUGAAUUAAAGACAUUCAGUUUGUACUACAAAUUUAUUUAACAUGCACUGUUAAACGCCCCAAAAAACCUUCGCAUGUGAUGUUUGUUAAGAUUGAAAAGUGUACGGUGAAAUUGUAUCAAAUCGUCAUUAAAA